AUGAUAGAAGCGCCAGAACAGCAGGAUGGCUCAAAGGGCAGCGAAGGGGAUUCUGGAACGGGCCGAAGAGCUUUACCUGUUGAGGCUGCUGCUGCUAACGUGGGAAGCAGUGCCGCUAUUGGGGGUAUGGUGAGAGACAACAGCAUCAUGGAGCCAUACAUCAUCGGUGCCUUUGGGGUAGAGUUAAGCAAUCGAGCGAGAUAUAGCCUCUGGCAGCAGAAGAGCAAAAAACCGGGAUGA